UGAAGGGAGACCCAGAAAAGCGGAAGAGUUUAGAAGCACACUGGGUACGUUUGAAUUUGUUUUGUUUUUAGAAAUUAAACAAAUGAUCCUUCAACAUCGUCGCCUCUGCUGCUUUAUCAGGUAUUGCUUCCUUCUAUUUUUUGCCCUUUGUUGGGUCUGACACAGAAUAGUGACACUUCCUUCUCGGCCAGAAUAUUUUUAUAUGGAACUGCUGUCGUUCUUCUGAUGAUGCUGCCACUGACUGUCCGUUUCAACGUCUAGUCCAACCCGUGUGUGUGGAUAUCCACAAGGUUCCGGCAAUAGCUUUGCAGGAGAAAGCUUCACAGCCUCAACCAUGAAGGAAAGCAGUGAGUAUUUAGUCAGCCAGUUUUCUUCUGCAUCUCAUAUCUUGUCACAUAGGGCAUGGAGCUGGAGAACCAUGAACAGCCUGUGGUGCUGAGAGAGGACACCUGCCGCAGGCGCCGGAGGAUGAAGCCGCGCAGCACGGCGGCCAGCCUGUCCUCCAUGGAGCUCAUCCCCAUUGAGUUCGUGCUGCCCACCAGCCAGCGCAACACCAAGACCCCCGAAACGGCGCUGCUGCACGUGGCCGGCCACGGCAACGUGGAGCAGAUGAAGGCCCAGGUGUGGCUGCGCGUGCUGGAGACCAGCGUGGCCGCCGACUUCUACCACCGACUGGGCCCCGACCACUUCCUCCUGCUCUACCAGAAGAAGGGGCAGUGGUACGAGAUCUACGACAAGCACCAGGUGGUGCAGACCCUGGACUGCCUGCACUACUGGAAGGUGCUGCACCGGAGCCCCGGGCAGAUCCACCUGGUGCAGCGGCGCGCGCCCUCGGAGGAGACGCUGGCCUUCCAGCGCCAGCUCACCGCCCUCAUUGGCUACGACGUCACAGAUGUCAGCAAUGUGCACGACGACGAGCUGGAGUUCACACGCCGCCGCCUGGUCACCCCGCGCAUGGCCGAGGUGGCUGGCCGCGACCCCAAGCUCUACGCCAUGCACCCCUGGGUGACGUCCAAGCCGCUCCCUGAGUACCUGCUGAAGAAGAUCACCAACAACUGCAUCUUCAUCAUCAUUCACCGUAGCACCACCAGCCAGACCAUCAAGGUCUCGGCUGAUGACACCCCGGGCACCAUCCUCCAGAGCUUCUUUACCAAAAUGGCCAAGAAAAAGUCCCUGAUGGAUAUCCCCGAGAGCCAGAAUGAAGAGGACUUCGUGCUGCGUGUCUGCGGCCGUGAUGAGUACCUAGUGGGCGAGACGCCCAUCAAAAACUUCCAAUGGGUGCGGCAGUGCCUUAAGAACGGUGAAGAGAUUCACCUGGUGCUUGACACUCCGCCGGACCCAGCCCUGGACGAGGUGAGGAAGGAAGAGUGGCCGCUGGUGGAUGACUGCACUGGAGUCACCGGCUACCAUGAGCAGCUGACCAUCCAUGGGAAGGACCACGAGAGCGUGUUCACUGUGUCCCUGUGGGACUGUGACCGCAAGUUCAGGGUCAAGAUCAGGGGCAUCGAUAUCCCCGUCCUGCCCCGGAAUGCAGAUCUCACGGUUUUUGUGGAGGCGAACAUCCAGUAUGGGCAGCAAGUCCUUUGUCAAAGAAGAACCAGCCCCAAACCCUUCACGGAGGAGGUGCUCUGGAAUGUGUGGCUUGAGUUCAGUAUCAAGAUCAAAGACUUACCCAAAGGGGCUCUGCUCAACCUCCAGAUCUACUGUUGCAAAGCGCCGGUUCUGUCUGGUAAGGCGUCUGCAGAGACUCCCAGUCCCGAGUCCAGAGGCAAAGCUCAGCUUCUCUACUACGUGAACUUGCUGCUCAUCGACCACCGAUUCCUCCUGCGCCACGGUGAGUACGUGCUCCACAUGUGGCAGUUAUCUGGGAAGGGGGAAGACCAAGGGAGCUUCAAUGCAGACAAGCUCACAUCUGCCACCAACCCCGACAAGGAAAACUCAAUGUCCAUCUCCAUUCUCCUGGACAAUUACUGUCACCCCAUUGCCUUGCCUAAGCAUCAGCCUACCCCUGACCCGGAAGGGGACCGGGUACGAGCAGAAAUGCCCAACCAACUUCGGAAGCAACUGGAGGCCAUCAUAGCCACUGAUCCACUUAACCCUCUCACUGCAGAAGACAAAGAAUUGCUUUGGCAUUUCAGAUAUGAAAGCCUUAAGGAUCCCAAAGCAUACCCUAAGCUCUUUAGCUCAGUGAAAUGGGGACAGCAAGAAAUUGUGGCCAAAACAUAUCAAUUGUUAGCCAGAAGGGAGGUCUGGGAUCAAAGUGCUUUGGAUGUUGGAUUAACGAUGCAACUCCUAGACUGCAACUUUUCGGAUGAAAAUGUAAGAGCCAUUGCCGUUCAGAAACUGGAGAGCUUGGAAGAUGAUGACGUUCUGCAUUACCUGCUCCAACUGGUCCAGGCUGUGAAAUUUGAACCAUACCAUGACAGUGCCCUUGCCAGAUUUCUGCUGAAGCGUGGUUUAAGAAACAAAAGAAUUGGUCACUUCUUGUUUUGGUUCUUGAGAAGUGAGAUUGCCCAGUCAAGACACUAUCAGCAGAGGUUUGCAGUGAUCCUGGAGGCCUACCUGAGGGGCUGUGGCACGGCCAUGCUACGGGACUUCACUCAACAAGUCCAAGUAAUUGACAUGUUACAAAAAGUCACCAUUGAUAUUAAAUCACUCUCUGCCGAAAAGUAUGACGUCAGCUCCCAAGUUAUUUUCCAACUAAAGCAAAAGCUUGAAAUCCUGCAGAAUUUGAAUCUCCCCCAAAGCUUUAGAGUUCCAUAUGACCCUGGACUGAAGGCAGGCGCACUGGUGAUUGAAAAAUGUAAAGUGAUGGCCUCUAAGAAAAAACCCCUGUGGCUUGAGUUUAAAUGUGCCGACCCUACAGCUCUAUCAAAUGAAACAAUUGGAAUUAUCUUUAAACACGGCGAUGAUCUACGCCAAGACAUGCUUAUUUUACAGAUUCUACGAAUCAUGGAGUCCAUUUGGGAGACUGAAUCUUUGGAUCUGUGCCUCCUGCCAUAUGGUUGCAUUUCAACUGGUGACAAAAUAGGAAUGAUUGAGAUUGUAAAAGAUGCCACAACGAUCGCCAAAAUUCAGCAAAGCACAGUGGGCAACACGGGAGCCUUUAAAGAUGAAGUGCUGAGUCACUGGCUCAAAGAAAAAUGCCCUAUUGAAGAAAAGUUUCAGGCAGCGGUGGAGAGAUUUGUUUAUUCCUGUGCUGGCUACUGUGUGGCAACCUUUGUUCUUGGGAUAGGCGACAGACACAAUGACAAUAUUAUGAUCUCAGAGACAGGAAAUCUAUUUCAUAUUGACUUUGGGCACAUUCUUGGAAAUUAUAAAAGUUUCCUGGGCAUUAAUAAAGAGAGAGUGCCAUUCGUGCUAACUCCAGACUUCCUGUUUGUGAUGGGGACUUCUGGAAAGAAGACAAGUCUACACUUCCAGAAAUUUCAGGAUGUGUGUGUCAAGGCUUACCUAGCCCUUCGUCAUCACACAAAUCUACUGAUCAUUCUGUUCUCCAUGAUGUUGAUGACAGGAAUGCCCCAGUUAACCAGCAAAGAAGAUAUCGAAUACAUUCGGGAUGCCCUAACAGUAGGGAAGAGCGAGGAGGAUGCUAAAAAGUAUUUUCUGGAUCAGAUUGAAGUUUGCAGGGACAAAGGAUGGACUGUGCAGUUUAACUGGUUCCUACAUCUUGUUCUUGGCAUCAAACAAGGAGAGAAACAUUCAGCCUAAUACUUUGGGCUAGAAUUAAAAGGCUUUAAGUAAGCACAACAGUCAUUGAACUUGAUUUAAAAUGCCCUACAACAUUAUGAAAGCUGCCGCUUGAGAAACAUAGUUCUUUUUCUAGCUGAACUCUUCACUGGAGAAAUAUCGGCCUGAUUGUUUAAGUGCUGUUCAGUUUUAGGUUUAUUUGCAGGUUUGUUUGUUUCUCAUUUGUCUCAGUGAUAUUGGAGAACAUUCUAAGUUUAAACAGCCUAAUUACGCCUUCACUGUGACUGAUGUUUUGACUAUCACAUUAUUGGGUGCUUCCCGAAAUUCUUCAGAAUCAUUGGUAACAUCUCUUCAUCUGGGUUUCCUCUCACUUUUAGUUAUCCUUGACUUUCUCAAAUUCUUUAUAGGAAAAAAAAUGCUCAUUGUAACCUUUGUCUCAUUUCUCUAAUGCUUCUAAACUUUCCCUCUGUGUCUGCAGAUGUUACUAAUGUGCUAAAAGCAAGGAAAGCGAGCCCCUCUUUUCAGGGUCUUUUGUCAUCAGAUUUUAUUACCACUGAGACUCACAAACACCAAAUGGAAAAUGGGAACCUUUGUGCCCUGGCCCUCAUCUGCUGCUCUGGUUCCACAAUUAUGAAUUGCAAAAUUUGUCUCAACUCUGCCCACAGAGUAAACUCUCAAGUACAACUGUGAUAACCUGCUUCCCUGCAAAAGCAGGAAAUAACCAAAGGGACGCAUCUGGGGCUUUUAUAUUCCUCCCCCUGAGCCCUCCCCACCUUCCUCCCUGUCUCUCUUCUUCCUCACUUCCAACCUUCUCAAAGUUCUUCAUGCAGAGUUGUGAAAUUUUCAAAAACACUUUUACCCUAGAAUUCAACAAUUAGUUGAAAAACAAUUUUUCCUCUAGGGAUACUAGAAUUGUAGGUACUUGUAGAGAUGUUUGUUGGGGUUUUUGAAAGGUACAUUAUUAAAGGAGAUAGUCUAGAAAAUAUGCAUGAAUUUCCAAAUGCCUUAAUUUUAAAUUUUGACCUGAGAAAUUUUUUUCUUUCUUUUUUAAUGGAAGAAGAUAUUUAAUAUCUAAAAAGAUCUCCAGGUUAGGGAGAACACUACUUGCUCUAUGCAUCUCACAACUUAAAGGACCUUUACACUCUGAUGAUACAGUCUUCAAAUUUCCUACAAAUAAUUAAAAUGUCUUCUUUAAAAACUAUUUUCAUCUCUUAAACAUUUUACUAUUUAUUGGAAGUGUUAACAGAGAAAGAUGAUUAUUUAUAAAAUAUUUUAGAAUUAUCUAUAGUUAAUACUUGACAUAGAAAUAACUGUUAAUGGUGUCUGUGUUUAAAUAUGCAUGCAUGCUAAGUCACUUCAGUCAUGUCCAACUCUUUGUGACCCCAUGGACUAUAGCCCACCAGGCUCCUCUGUCCAUAGGAUUCUCCAGGCAAAAAUACUGGAGUGAGUUGCCAUGCCCUCCUCCAGGGGGUCUUCCUGACCUAGGGAUCAAACCUGCAUCUUACAUGUCCUGCAUUAGCAGGUGGGUUCUUUACCACUAGCACCACCUGGGAAGCCCUAUGUUUAAGUAUACUGGGAUAUAAAUAAAUACUUAAUUUUUAAAUGUUCUAAAUAGAUACAUGUUGGACUUUGGUGUAGACCAAACUUUUCUUUAUGAGUACACAAAAGUCCAGUAGGUCUUAACUCUAGCUGCAAAUCAGAAUCACCAGGGAUACUUUAAAAACACCCUGCCUGAGCGCCCAUCUUGGGUUGUAAUUAGUUUGGGAUGAGGCCCAGACAUCAGUGUUUUUCUAAGUACCUCCAGGAGAUUCUAACAAGCAACCAGUGUUCAAAAACCCUGCAUGACCUUUAAAGGUGCAGAUAACACUGCUUUCUUGCCACUGAGCCUUUCCUUGACUCCUAAGGUAUCUAUCUAGAAAAGGCUCCUCUUCCUUGACAACUCACCCUUUUAAAAUCACACUUAUCACCUUGUACAUAAGACCAUACCUGUAAUCAAAUGUUUAUUCCUCUGUGUUAAUGGAGGAUAGACAUUUUAUAGUAUUUUUAAAUCAUCUAUUCCCCACCUUCUUUGUCAAUAACAGGAAGAUUGAUGCUUUCUCAUUCAGAAGAGGAUGUUUCGUUAAUUUCAUAAAGCAUAGUCAAGCCCAGACCUUGCACAGAUUCCACUUAUUUGCUUUGCUGAAGCAAUCAUCUUGAUAGAAGAAUUACAGAGGAGUGUAUUUAUAUUUAGCCCAUUGGUGCAGGUGUGUACAAAUUUGCUCAAGUGAACAAGUUCUUUAGUUAUGCUGAUUCUGUACCUAUGCAUAUCACAUUGAGCUUAAUUUUUCCAGAUUCCAAUGAAGGUACAAGUUUAAUUCUAUAGACUGGCAAAUAAACAAAAAUCACCUUUGUGUGCUUCCUUCAUUGUCCCUAAUGAAUCACAUGACCCAGAACUUUUAUACCUUUGAAAAUGUGCUAGAACCUGAGUCAUCUUUCUAUGGAGCUGGCAUCAGGCAUAUCUGAAUAAUGGCUUUGGUGCUCAGCUUACAUUUAGACCACAUCUGUGUGAGUACAGAUAACAAUGUACCUGAUAAAAAUGUUGCUUCUGCUCUAAUUGAAAUACUUCAUCUCUGUGGCUGUACAUUAGGUCUUUAAACACUGAUCCAUGGCUUUGGAACUGGGACUAUGGCCACUAAAGUAAAGUAAAACUAGAGAAUAUUCUAGACCUUGUCCUGGCAUUUGCCUGGCUUUGGUGAUACUGGUGAGAGAAGGCAGACAUUGUAAUAAAAUAUAUAAACUCCUAGAGGAAUCUCUUGAUUUAAAAAAAAUUAACUUUGUUAAAUAAAUCCUUCACAAGAGAUGAAUUAGUUAGAAAAGUUUAGAUGUUGGAAUUCUGCAGCAUAAUUUAGAGGCUGUUAGCUCUGUAUAAAUGGAAAUUAUUUUUUGAAAUGAGUCUGAAAAGUAAUUUAGAAAGUUAGUUUCUGGAGCAAAUUCUGGCCUUUAUUUGCUAAGUGAGGCUCCUUUGCCCUGUGAAAUAAAUUUUCAAUUAUACUUUACUAUAUAAAGAAAAAAGAAAUUUGGAAUUUUAACGGUCCUGGUGUAUUAUUUUCUGUUUAAUCCAACCAAAUAACUCUGGUCACAAAAUCAAAUGGUUUUAUUCUUGGUGCUUGUCUGCAUUUUCUCAAAGAUUCAUUUUCAGGGCAGAUGCUACAGAACUAAAGCACAUACUUUGGCUUAAGUGAAUCCAGAGCUGGUCCACUCCCUCUCCAGACAGCCCCAUCCUCUCCACUUGAGUUUGUAUUUACAUUGUGAAUUGUUACAUGAAAAUGUAAAUAAAAGAAGGAAUCUUGUA